GAAGAAGAGAGUACAUCCAUGUUCUGAACUGUGGGGGCAGUAAACCAUACGCAGCGUCUACAAUGCCGGAAACACAAAUGCAAGACGUGGACGAAGAAGAAGCAUAACAACAACAGGACACCAACAUGGCCGCUGACAGCGAUCCGGAGUCAGAGGUGUUUGAAAUCACCGACUUCACCACGGCGUCAGAGUGGGAACGGUUUGUGUCCAGAGUGGAGGAAGUGCUGAAUGACUGGAAGCUGAUCGGGAGCUCUGCAGGAAAGUUGUCCCCUGAGAAGGGAGAAUACACCAGUGGCACCUGGGGGGAGAAGUGUCAGGAUAUCAACUUUGCUGACUUCAAAUUCUACAUAACUCACCACUUCCUGAAACAAGAAUGUGAGAAGGAUGACGAGAAGGACAAGGUUGAGGAAGAUGCCUUCCCCUUGGCAAUGCAGGACCUUCUGUGCAUGAACAAUGACUUCCCUCCUCGAGCCCACUGCCUGGUCAGAUGGUACGGCAUACGAGAGUUUGUGGUCAUCAGCCCUGGAACCAACUGCGAAGCUAUCAUCAGCGAGUCCAAAUGCAAUCUGCUUCUCAGCUCCAUCUCCAUUUCCCUGGCCAACAGUGGCUGCCAGGUGCCCAUGUUUGUGCAGAUCCAGCAGAAGUGGAGGCGGAUGUAUGCCGGAGAGUGCCAGGGACCAGGUGUGCGCACUGACUUUGAGAUGGUCCACCUCCGCAAGGUGCCAAGCCAGUACAAUCACCUGUCUGGCCUGCUCGACAUCUUCAGGUCUAAGAUAGGUUGUACCCUGUCACCCCUACCUCCAGUCAACAUCACCAUCCGUUUUACCUACAUUCUCCAGGACUGGCAGCAGCAUUCGUGGCCACAGCAACCUCCAGACUUUGACACACUCCUUGGAGGUGAGGUGGGAGGGGUGGAGUUUGGGAAGAUACCAUUUGGAGCCUGUGAGGAGCCAAUCAGUGAGCUUCAUCUUGCAACCACUUGGCCUCACCUGACGGAAGGCAUAGUAGUGGAUAAUGACGUCUACAGUGACCUUGACCCUCUCCAAGCUCCUCACUGGUCAGUCCGAGUGAGGACAGCUGAAAACCCUCAGUGUUUACUGGGUGACUUUCUGUCAGAGUUCUUUAAGCUCUGCUGUAGGAAGGAGUCUACAGAAGAGGUUUUGGGAAGAGGAUCGGCUGAAGAUGAGGGCAAAGAAAAUAGUGACAUCAGCUCGGCUUUAAAUAAACUGACAGAGCCGGUGGCACCAGUGCCGAUCUCCAAACUCUCCGUCUCCAAUAUGGUGCACAGUGCCCGGAAACACAUCCGACGCCACCGACGCAUUGAUGAGUCACCACUCAACACUGAUAUACUCAACUCUGUCCUUCUGUACGUCUUUCCAGAUGCUGCUGUGGAGAAGUCAUCAGAGAAUAGCAAGAAUAAACCUGCACAGUCUAACGCCUGUGGGAAAGCCGAGCAGGAUAAAAACUCAGACUAUAACCUUUUUCUCCAGCUGAAGUCAGCACCCAUUGACAGUCUGACCUACCGGCUGGCGCUGUGUGUGUGUCUGGUAAACUACAACCACGGCGGGCUGCGGGCUGUCGCCCACCUUUGGCAGGAGUUUGUCCUAGAGUUGCGCUACCGCUGGGAAAACAACUACCUCAUCUACGGACUGGCUGGUGGACCUCCUGAUCUUCGCUGUUGCCUUUUGCAUCAGAAGCUCCAGAUGCUGAACUGCUGCAUUGAGAGGAAGAGGGCCAGAGACGAAGCUCGCAAGGUGCUGGAAGAAAGCAAAGAAAGAGAGCGCAAGGUGUCCGGCAGUGGUCAGAACGGCCGGCCCGCAUCGGAGUCUGCGACCGCAUCCGCAUCAAAGAAGGAGGUGUCUCCAGGGAAAUCCUGGGACUCGUGGAGCGACAGCGAGGAUGAGUUCUUUGAGUGCCUCAGUGACCAGGGGGAGAUAGAGGCUCCACACACUGAGGGAGAAAAGGAUGGCAGUAAAAGUAAAGCAGAGGGCAGACUGCACCCCUACAACAACAUGACUCUACUCAACUCUACAGAGCCUCUCUACAUUCCUGUCACACAGGAACCUGCUCCAAUGACUGAGGAUCUGUUAGAGGAGCAGUCAGAAGUACUGGCCAAACUGGGCACAUCAGCUGAAGGUACCCACCUCCGUGCCCGGAUGCAGAGUGCCUGUCUGCUCUCUGACAUGGAGUCCUUUAAGGCAGCCAAUCCAGGCUGUGUUCUGGAGGACUUUGUGCGCUGGUACUCACCCAGGGAUUACGUGGAGGAGGAGGUAGUUGAUGAGAAGGGUAACACAGUGGUGAAAGGUGAGCUUAGUGCCAGGAUGAAGAUCCCAGGCAACAUGUGGGUGGAAGCUUGGGAGACGGCCAGGGUCACACCUGCACGCCGCCAGAGAAGACUUUUUGACGACACUAAGGAGGCUGAAAAGGUUCUGCACUAUUUGGCGGUGCAGAAACCUGCAGACUUGACCCGACAUCUGCUGCCCUGCAUCCUCCAUGCUGCUAUUCUGAAGUUGAAGGAGGAAGAGGCAGUAGAAGACAUUCCAUCAGUCAGAAAAACCAUCCAACAAGCUACGAGUCAAGCCAGCAAGUUGCUGCACACCCCCAACUAUGACUACAAGAAGUUAGAGGAUUUCAUUAACCAGUUGAUGGCCAUGGAGACGGUCAUCACCCGAGCUCGCUCACUAAAGGCCAAGUUUGCCAUGUGUGAGGGUGAGAAGGUGGAGGACACAGAUGAACUAGAGACGUUUGUGAGCUCCCUGCUGGAGGAACCAGAGGUGGUGGUGGUCGGAGCUGGCCAGGGGCCGGCUGGCAGCAUCAUCCACCGUCUGUUUGUCAAUGCUCAGAGGCUGGCUGACUUCACCAGUGAUGAGGCCGCCCUCCUGGCACCACUGGAAGAAGACUCUGGCCGCGACAGGAAGCAGACUGCAGGAAGCAACAAAGUGCCUGACUUUCCUCCUCCGGCAGGCCGGGAGAUUCUGGUGCGGACGUGUGUCCCUCGGCCUGCGCCGUACUCCAAAGCUCUGCCGCAGCGGCUCUUCUGCGUGCUGAUGAGGGAGGAGUUCAGGCUGGCAGGGGCCUUCUCUUCAGACACUUCCUUCUUCUGAGACCAAAUGCCUAUUACACAGCAUUUCAUCUGAAACCAUGUCCCAUUUGCCGCUGAUGAUUAACACCCUGAGGCCAGAGCUGGAAGAGCGAUGAAGGACACAGGGUGGCACAUUAAAAUGAUUCAGUCUAUUUGUUGGUCCUCUGUUGGUUAAAGAGUAACUAAACCCCUAAACCACUUUUUCUGCUGAAAACUAACGUAUAUGGGUUUUAAUUUAGUAGCAUUGAUGAUCAAUUCAAGUCCAAAUCCAGUGUUUGAAUUCUACAUUUGGUGCUAUAAAUAUGUGUAGUGACCGCCCUCUACUGGUUGAAACACAGCUAUUGCAAUUGAAUUUCACUAUUGGCUGAUCUUGAGGCAGGUGUCAUAUGUGGAGGCAGCUUUCAUCACAAACCCCUCCUACCCGCCUGCUCCUAUAAAACCUCUCCCGACUCUGCAGACUGUGGCCUGCUAUGCAGCCGUAGCCUGACACUCCCCCUACGAGAGAGUUAGCCUCUUUGAGCUCUUCGGCAUCGGUUGCCAAGCUAGCAGUUGGCUAACGAUUACAGCACAGAAACUUAUACAAACUAUUAUGAAUGUGCUUCUAGUGACUGUUAGUGCUGUUUCCAGCACAGACAUGGACAGUGUGGCAGCAGCUGCUCAUGGCUAGUUAGCUUGGUUAGCUCUGAGCUGCUAGUUUAUGCUGCAUUCACAUGGAUUCAGGCAAAUGGUACAUGGCAGAUGGACAGCACCCUUGACGGCAAUACUGUGUACCAUUACCAGUAUUCUCUUCACCUCUUCGCCACUACACAGAAACUUUUACAAAAGCUGUGAAUGUGCUUCUAGUGACUGACGAAGCUCCAGCAGCUGCUCAUGGCUGGUUAGCUCAGUUAGCUCAGCUAGAGUACAGUCCCCAGUAGUCAGUGUGUCACUCUGUUACACACCCCAUAGCCACAAGGCCAUGCCCCAUAUUUCAUUCUCUUUUUUAAAAAGUGCUAGGAGGGAGGGAGCUAGCAAACUUUAGGGGUUUUGUUACACUUUAAUGAGUCUGUUUGUGUGCUUGUUCAAAAGUAGUGAAUGUUUUGUAUUCAGACAUAUGACAUAUCUGUGUUAGCUACAUAUCUCUGGCCUACAGACUAAUGAGUCCUGAAUACCAUUUUUUGGACUUCAAAGCUUCUAUGUUAAUCUGCUCACCUUGCUUUUCCCUUCAGCCCCCCCCCAUACACAGACACUGCCUGUCUCUCUCUCUGCACACACACUGCCUUUUUCUGUCUCUCUCUGACUGUCUUUCUCAGCGGUUUCAGCAUUAUGUUUUAAGUCACCCAAAAAAAAAUGCAUGUUUCAGAUUUUCCACCCAGCAGGUGACCUACAUGUGGAGGAGGCUUGUUGUUAAUGACAGAGCACAUCGAAAUGUUAGAAACCAACAUGGGACAGAACGCUCUACCAGGGCUGUGCUUGUAAAAUAGGCUAUCCCCCAUGUCUGCAUCUUCUAAUGAACAACCAGAUAACAUAUAAUAUCUCUUUCUCUCUGUUUCUCUUCAAAAUGCUAAAAUGGGUUGCCAGCUCUUAAAGCUGCAUUUUGUAACUUUUGUCUUAUUUGAAAACUUUCAUCAUCCUGACAGUAGUACACGAGACAGAUAAUCUGUGAAAAAAUCAAGUUCCUCUGGCUCCUCAUAGUGCUUUGGGUUUCAAUCCCAAGUAACAUCUAUGUGGGAAACACUGCUGGAUCAGGCUUUGAAAAAAAAAACAACAAAGUAAACCAAUACUGAUGUGGGCAUCGAUUACCAUGGCAACAGCUGAAGCAACGAAGCAUUUGAGUCAGCCCCACUAAUGAGCAUUGCUAUCUGUAAAAACAAGACCUAUUUUAUUUCACCUAAUUUGGUUCUUACUGCAUUGUGGUUAUUUCAAAAAAAGAAGAGAAAAUGGUAAAUAUUCUCAUCCACUCAAGUUGUGCACACAGAUUUCAUGUACUAGGACAGAAUUUACAAUUUCACUGGACACAAUAGCAAAUAUCAACUGCAAUUGUAUUAGCAUUUUAUAUUCAUUCAGUUGUCUGAUGAAAUGUGUUAAUGAAAUAGAACUAAUUUCCUCAGUCAGUCAGAUGAUUAGAACACUGGUGUGCUAUAAAAAUAUCUCACAAAAACCAUUCAAUUUACAUUCAGAGCUUCAUUUCUCUAAUUAUAAUAUAUUCUGUAUAAUCAUUUUCUUGUUCUGGUAUCCUUUAUGUAAGUUUAACUGUAACCUGUUUAUUACUGACCACAUGCCAAGUGAUAGCAUAACACAAAACACUUCUAUCCCUGUGUGGUGGUGAACAGUAAGGGUUAACUGAUCCUGCUCAGUGUGCUGAGGACAUUUCUUCAAUAGUUUAUAGGCUUAAGCAGUUGCUACUUUAUGAAACCAGAAUCUUUUGCACAUGAACGCUUGUUGAUAAUACAUAAGUGCAAUCACAAAUCAGUAGAUCCUAGUACUAAUGCUGGAAAAAUAUAGUUUUACUUAUUGCAGCAGAAGCCAAUGUGCUCACUCGUUAGUGUGCAUUAAUUAUAAGGAAAAAUGGUUGUAUUAUCACAAUGGCAAAUGCUUUGUAGGUGUUACACUAAUGUAACAAGUGAUGUGUGUAUACAGUACCUGUAAAAUGUUGGACCAAAAUGUCCUCUAAUCUAAAAAUAAACUGUUCUCCUGUCUCUA